CCAGCUGAUCUCCCUUCGUUGCAAUUUCGCGUCACUAGCUUAGUCCUACGAUCGUCUAUGUAAAAGAACGACUGUUUACCGUCGUUCUUACAUUUAAGAAUAGGUGUCAUCCGUUUUAACAUCCAUUGGCCGCACAUAUUUCGAAACGGAAUUUAAGUGUAGAGCGUUGUGUUUUAGAACAAGAUGUCAGGGAAAGAAAGGAUCGACGUAUUCCCCUCCAGAAUGGUUCAGACCAUCAUGAAGGCACGUCUGAAAGGGGCACAGACUGGUCGCAACCUCCUUAAGAAGAAAGCUGACGCUUUAUCCAUGCGCUUCCGUCAGAUCCUUCGCAAGAUUAUUGAGACCAAGACUCUGAUGGGAGAAGUGAUGAGGGAGGCUGCCUUUUCUUUGGCUGAGGCUAAGUUUGCUGCUGGAGAUUUUAGCACCACUGUCAUCCAGAAUGUAAACAAGGCCCAGGUGAAGGUCAGAGCCAAGAAAGACAACGUGGCCGGUGUCACUCUACCUGUGUUUGAGCAUUACCAGGAAGGAGGAGACAGUUACGAGCUGACUGGUUUGGCCCGGGGAGGAGAGCAGGUUUCCAGGCUGAAGAGGAACUAUGCCAAAGCUGUUGAACUGCUGGUGGAGUUGGCAUCCUUACAGACAUCAUUUGUCACUCUGGACGAGGCCAUCAAGAUCACCAACCGUCGUGUAAAUGCCAUAGAGCACGUGAUCAUUCCCAGGAUCGAGCGCACCCUCACCUACAUCGUCACAGAGCUGGAUGAGAGAGAACGAGAGGAGUUCUACAGACUCAAGAAAAUUCAGGAGAAGAAGAAGCAGCUGAGGGAGAGGACCGAGAAGGAGAUUGCCGCCCGCCUGGCGGCCCUGGGCCCCAUCGCCGAGCCCGCUAACAUGCUGACAGAGGAGACGGACGAGGAUCUGCUGUUUGAGUGACGCGCCCUGCAGCCCUCCUCCAUCCCUUCUCCAUCUCCCGUCACCGUGCUCUGCACACCACCCUAUUUAUUCCGUUCCUCUCUGGUCACGUUGAUGUCUUCUUGUGAAAACCGAAGCAUUCGAUUUGUUUCAAUUACAUUUUUGGUGUGUACUUGUCAGUGAUGUUUUUAUGGUUUCAGUGUUGGAAAUAAGUGUUCAGAUUUAUUGAUCUAUGUCAGAUGUCAUGACAUUAAACUUUGCUGUUACCAGCAAACGCUUCAGUUCACUCAUGUUGACCUUGCAAAUAAUAUACAUAUAACAAUACAUUAAAGAUGUGAACUAUACUGUGCAUUCCAUUUAAUUUACGGAGUACAUACAGUAGAUGUUAUGACACAUUUUAUCUCGUAAUUGUCAUUGCAUGCUGUCAUUUUUUGCAGUCGUGGCAGGGUGGUUGUCAUUUUCCACCCUCAAGUCUGAAAGUGUUUUGUGGAGACCAGCCCCAUAAUAGUGACUACAUAGAUGGAUUUUGGAUUUUUCUCAAGAUUAAUCUGGGAUGUGACCACCCAAUCGUGAUUAUAUUGUAGCACCCAGUGUGCAGGUCUAUUGGCCACAUAGGAUAUUGUGUGACCCCAUCCAAAUGGCACUUCAUUCAAAUAAAAUGUAUGAGAAUAUUC